AGUGGGUAUGGCGUACGGAUUCCUCUGAUGUAUCCGGUUGGUAUCCGAUGUUUAAGAGUGUUUCAGAUUUUAGAGACUGAAGAUAUCCGUGAAGCAACACGUAAUUAAGGUAUGUUGAAGUGCUUUAAUAGUAUAAGCUACGUUGAAUAAAUUUGUCCUUAUUUAAACAGAUUCUUUAAACGUGCAGACGAAGGUUUGGUUUGUGUGUCGGUAUGCGAAGGAAAUCAGCGAGCAAGUCUUUUCCCAAGAAAUUUGUUUCCUUUGCGAAAUUCACCUUUAUACAGAAAUUACGCUGUCGUGGGAUCGUGUAUGUUUUUAUCUUGUAUUAGUCGUUACUGAGACGUCAGAAGGAGCAAAAUCAGUGUGCAGUUGUGUGUUUAUUAUGAGGAUCGGAGGACUUGAAAUUUUAUACACGCUACGCUUUCAUUUGUUUUACUUGAAGUAACGUAGUGAGUCUAACUUGCUAUUCUAACCAACAUUCUGUAUUCGUGGUGACGUAAAAACAUAUACUCGUACAUACACCUAAGCUAAGCUGAGUUCAUCAAACUCAUAUUGAAGAGUAGGCCAAGCAAAAUAGUGACGAUUUAUAAAUAUUGUGUUAAAACAUCACGCUUUCAUUUGAUCCGCUGUUUGAUUCAUGACACACUUCUGCUUGUUGUCAUCGUGCCUUUGACGGUACUGGUAUAUCCUCUUGGUAUCCUUUUGUGCAGUCUUUACGCAGUGUUCUGGUCAUCCUUCUUGGACAACUGCCAUUGUUUUCACAAGUGAAUUGAGUUUGUAGCUUUGUUGAUCUGAACGUGGUAAUGUCUUACACUUGGUUUAUACUUCAGCCGAGUGAUUUUGAACAAACAUCGAAGACAAACUACAGUCAAACUCCGUUAAUACGGACACUGAGGAUCCAUAGAAAGUAUGUUUAUUAACAAGGUGUCCAUAUAAAAUGGUUUGAAUGUAGAGAAAAUGUAAGGGCUUUCUGUCCCAAGGGACAAAGCAAGCUGUCCUUAAUGACAAGUUGUCCAUCUUUGGUGGGUGUCCAUAAAGCGGUGUUUGACUGUACAUUGAAAUCACUAUUAAGUGGCCAUUAACCCUUAAUUUUAUAAUAACAUUAUUCGCCCUGUUAUGUCUUACGCUAACGUUGUUUGGGCAAAUGGCGAUACAGAGUCGGUUUAUAGGGUCUUAAGAUUGCAAAAACGUGCGGCACGCGUUAUUUCUUAUGCCGAUCGCAUGACACCAUCAGUUGCUUUGUUUAACAAGCUAGGUUGGAUUCCGUUUUAUGAGCAACACAAGAUAGAUAAAUGCAUAAUAAUGUAUAAGCGAAUUAAUGGGUAUUUGCCGAAUUAUCUAAAUGAACCCUUAAUUUUGGAUAAUAAGCGGCACUCCCGCAACACUAGAUAUUCAAGCAUUAAUGCUGUUUGUCCUAAAUAUAGAAGAGAAACAGAUGGAGGACACCCUUUAGCUGUUUCGGCAACAAGACUGUGGAAUAGUACACCAAUUGAAAUUAGGAAACUAGAUUCUGUAGCAUGUUUUAAAAAGAACAUGUUUGCCAAGAUUUUUAAGGAACAACAAUGUUUGCAUCAUUUUAUCAUUUAAUAAUUUUUUUUUUUUUUUUUAUAUAUAAAAAUCGAAUCUUGUUUUAUUUUAAAUGUUUAUAUAUUUUAGCUUACAAUAUUUAUUAGAUUGUAAAUAGUUGUGUAUUUUAUGAGGGCCACAAGUUUAUUAGCCUUUGGCUAUUAGGUGCUACCCUCUUUAAAUAAAGGCUUUACUUACUUACUUACUUACUUACCACACUUAAACAGAGGUGAUUUUAAUAAAACUUGAAAAAAUAAUUCAUUAGAAUUUUGAAGUCCCUUAAAAUUUUGUUUAUGCACUGAUAUCAUGUCUUGACUUAUGAAUAUUCUUUUUCCAGGUGUCAAAAGAAACCACACAAAAUUGUAGUCAAUCUAUGGAAAAACUGUCACAGCCAUCAACAAGCAAUGCCAACCAUGUGAUAAUACAGGUAGUUGGUCAGUUACAGAAUGGCGAUGCAUUACCAGCUCCGAGUCCAGUUCAUCAGAAUAAAAGCCACUCAGGUUCAGUACACUACUACCAGUGCGGACAGUGUGAAAAGGCUUUCCUUUAUAAGUCAAAACUGCUUCUGCAUCAGGUAACACACAGUGGUGAACGACCUUACAAGUGUCCAAAUUGUGAGAAGACUUACAAGAGAGAGUCUGAGCUUGUAGUACACCAAAGGGUUCAUACAGGAGAGAGGCCCUUUAGGUGUUUGAAAUGUGACAAGGCAUUCAAAACAAAAUCUGAGCUUGUGGUACAUGACAGGUUCCACACAGGUGAAAGGCCUUACAAGUGUGUCACCCACUGUGAUAGGUCUUUUAGGACUGCAUCUGAGCUUGGUUUACACAAGAAAAUAACCUCAGGUGACAGGCCAUACAAGUGUAGCAAGUGUGACCGCAGCUACUUUCGACAGGCUGAUCUUACAAAUCAUGAAAAAAGUCACUGUGCAGAGAAACCUCAUAAGUGCAAACAUUGUGGAAAAAAUUUCAGGACACAAUCUGAAGUCAAAAAGCAUGAGAAGAGUCACAGGACUGCAAAGACUGUUGAAUGUGAGGUUUGUGAGAAAGCGUUCAAGUCAAAAGAUCAUCUUGAAGUCCAUGAACAAAGCCAUGUCAGUCAGAAUUCCUUUUCCUGUCCCAUUUGUUCACUGUCGUUUAGUAGCAGGGAUGAGUUGUCAGCUCAUAAUGAAAGCCAUACUGGAAAAAAGCUUUACAAGUGUUCUCAGUGUGAUAAGUCAUUUGCCUUCAAGUCCAAGCUUUUUCAACAUUGGGUCAUUCACACUGGCGAAAGACCAUACAAAUGCAAUCAGUGCAACAAGUCUUAUGGAAGGAAAUCAGAACUUGUAGUGCAUCAAAGAAUACAUACUGGUGAAAAGCCUUUCAAAUGCACCAGUUGUAAUAAGUGCUUCAAAACAACAUCGGAACUUGUUGUUCAUUGUAGAACUCAUACAGGGGAAAAGCCAUACAAGUGCAGUUUUUGUGCAAAACAAUUCAAGACUGCAUCAGAACUAGGUGUCCACAAAAGAAGCCACAUUGGGGACAAACCAUUUUCAUGUACUAGAUGUGACUUGUCAUUCAAACAAAUGUCUGAUCUCACCAUCCAUAAGAAAUUUCAUUUGAUUGACUUGCCUUUCAAAUGCCAUCUUUGUAUAAUGGCUUUUGGAAGUGCAUCAGAACUUGCUAGUCACCAACAAUUACAUAGUUCUAUUCUGAACAAUGGUAUUAGUCAUGAUAGAGAUGUCUCUCAAACUACAGAACAAGCUUCUCAAGCCAGUGACCAACCUCACCAAGAACUUACUGAUGACCAACCAGCGAGGGUGGCUACAGGGCUGAAGAUGGCGCAGUUGUCAUUAGCAAAAGAUCACAAUGCGCAUACUGCAAAGGACAAACCUGUCAAUGGAAAACUGCCCAAUGGGGAGACAGAACUUGACAUUGAAAAAUUAAUGAAAAUUGUCAACAAACCUUUCAAGUGCAGUGAGUGUGGCAAGGCGUUUGUCUCCACUACCGAGUUGGCAGGGCAUGUAAGAAUGCACACCGGUGAAAGACCAUUCAAGUGUUCUCUAUGCGACAACUGUUACAGAACACAGUCAACACUUUCCGUCCACAUGAAAAGUCACGAAAAGGAAAAAUGUUUCCCUUGUUCUUAUUGUAAAGUGACAUGCCCCACCCUUUCAAAGCUUUAUGACCAUUUCCUGAUUCAUCAGCCAGUGAGUAUUGCUGGAAGCUGGCAACCUAGUACAAUUAGUCCACAAAAACGAAAGAGUACUUCUGAUAAUGAGCCACUAAAGUGCUGGGUUUGUGAUAAAGAAUUUGCCGACCAGGGAACGUUAGAGCUUCACAUCAGUUUACACAAAGAUAGAAGCAGCACCCUUGAACUGUGUGUCAAGAGGCUAAAAGGCUCUAUUGCCAAAGAGUAGAGCAUGGACCAACGUUAGUGUUUGGUUACAAGGUAAUUUGAUAUUUUACUCCCGUGGAAAUUUACAAGAACUAUUAAUUAACAAUUAUUAUUCCUUGAUUUCGAGUGGGCUCUGAGUCAAUAGCCCAUAAGGCCGAAGGCUGAAUGGGUUAUUGACUCUGAGGCCAUGAGGGCGAGAGGAAUAAUUGUUUUAGUAAAAUCCGACUAGUUGGUAAAAAAUAUCGAGACAAAACAACUCUAGCUAGUUAAAGUUAAACAUUAAUCCUCUUUUGCUGCCAAAAAGCUGGCGUUUUUCGGUACUAGUGGGCUAAUAGCCUAAUAGUAGCUCAACCAAUCAGAACGCAGCAUUGAUAAUAGACCACUAGUUGGAUUUCACUAAUUAUGUAUAUCUCUGACUUCAGAGUGGAAGAGUCCAACUUUGAUUGUCAUUUGACUGUUUCUAAAAUUUGUAUACUUCAAUAAUAACACUUUUUCUGCAGCACUAGAAUGUUUCUUUGAAUUAUAGCAAGAAUGUCAUACUGACAAACAGUUACAUAUGUUGUAGUUCAGUUUGUCCUUGGUUCUAAUAAUUUUUUUUUAAAACUUACUUUUUUAAGAAAAACAUUUGUAUGGUAAUGUCUGAGAAUAGCCUUUGAACCAAGAAUAAAUUGAACCUCUUCAUAAUAUUUAUCAGAUGCAUGGAAUAAGGCCUGAGCAACUCUUCAUGUUAUUUGUCUUUCUCCUUUCAUUUCAUAGGCAAACACAAGGCACUCUGAAAGGAGAAUUUAGAAGUUUAUCAGAAAGCAACUAGAGUUUUUCAACACAUACUCCUUUAUCUGUUAGUUAUGAUGAAAGUAAUAUUACUUGCUUGAUCUUUUGUAACACAUGCACCUCAGCUUUAUCUUAAACAUAUUCCUGCUCUCGGAAAUAUGUGAUUUUGAUUGGAGAAAAACUAUAAAAGAUGGAAGUUUUAUGGUGAAUUCUGCUAAUUAGGCAUUAUUAAAUAUUUCUCUCUUAGUAACUGACAAAUUAUUCUUGUAUUGGUAAGACAUGAAUGAGUGAGUUAAGUGCUUUUUUGUUUCCAUAGUUGUUACAGAUGUCAUGGCAAUUUAAGAGAUGUUUGUGGUUGAUUUUGUUGUGAAUUUAUGCUAUGCAAUACAAUGAUGCAUUGGUACAAAAAGUGAUGUCAUGUGAAUUUUCUUUCAAAAGAUCUUUACCAGCAGUUGUUGUAUUUGGCCAAUCUAUUGUAGAUUAGAAUUCUGUUGUUGUAUAAUUUGUUUGUUUGUAAAUAGGAUUUUACAGUAUGAUAAUAUAAAAAAAGAUAGGAUGCUUUUGUGAAAUUAAAAAUUGUCACUUGUGACAAUAACAAUAUUUUAAUAUUAGGUAACUAACUGCUAGAAUCAUCCUUUAUCUUAUUAAAAUUUUAGGUUGUUGCAUUGUGGAUAAUAUUGGGAAUUAUGACAAUCAAGAGUUUUGAGGAAAAAUAUAAUCAUUGUAGACUUGGUUGUUUGAUUCCCCAAACAAUGCUAGGAAAAUUACAAACCAUAAUUAAGGAAUGAGCUUGUUAGGUUAUGCACCUUGUAAUGGAAUUUUGCCAGAUAACAAAAUACUCUCUAUUUUUACAUCAUUCUAAUAUUUUGAGCUUAGGUAGAGCUAGGAGUUAAUUUUUAUAUUUGGUGGACAUUUUGAGCCUCAAAAUGUUGUUACUUAGAUGUUAUGAAAUUAAAUGUAAUAAAAUGGGGUUGGCUAGUCUCUGCAGCUGCUUGGGGCAGAGUCACGCAAUACCUCCCAUCCACACACGUGGAACAGUAGGAGCAUUGCUUGACUUAGGUCCAAGCAGCUUUGAUGGAGACUAGGGGUUGGCAGCCCUAGUUGGCUUUUACCUCAUGUGUUGGGGAGGGUAGCGAUGAGGUUGUCUCCCACACAGACAUUCUUUUGGAUCAUCACGCCGUCCUCCCCAUCGUGGGGAAGGAAUGCGUGACAAAGCCCUUAAAACGUCUUUGUGGGGGGUUAACUUUGAUGUGGAGGGGGAACAGUGUAUACUAAUGUUCAGCCAAACAUUUACUGCAUUCCUUGUGGAAAUUAUUUUUUCAUGUUGACACUGGUAAAAAAAACAAUGUUCUCCUCAGAACUUUAGCCUAAGUCUUGUUCUUAGGAUGAACCUGUGAUCAGGCAGCCUUCUUCCCUUUUUCUU